AUGAGUGAGCGCGAAGUUACUUUAACGACAGAAGAGCAGCGAGAGGAUUCUUCGAUACCAGAGGAAUCGGAAAGCGGGUUUUUGGAUGGGCGGUCUGAGAAUAAACGGCCAAGAGACUACGAGGAGGAGGAGGAGGAUGGUGAGGAUCAAGAAGUAGCAGCUGAAGGGGCUAACGCGGGGAAAUCGGAUGACAGAAACCCUCAAGAAGCCUCGAACGAGGAUGAAGAUGGUGAGAGCGAAGAUGAGGACGAAGAAUCUGAUGAUGACAGUCCACGUAAAAAGCAGCGCCGUGAAAGGAAUAGGUUUUUAGAUAUUGAAGCGGAGGUUAGUGAUGACGAUGAGGAGGAGGAAGACGAAGAGGAUUCCGAGUUGGUGCGUGAAGGCUUCAUUACACAUGGCGAUGACGAAGAGGAAGAAGUACAGAGGGCUAAGGAUGAUAGAUUACACAGACAGUUAGAUCAAAAUUUGCAGAAGUCGUCGGAGGAAGAUGCCCAAAAGUUGGCUAAAGAACUGCGGGAGCGUUAUGGGCGUAGUAGUUCGAAGCAGUACCGUGCAGCCGCUCAAGAUGGCUAUGUGACUCAAAGAUUUAUGUUGCCCAGUGUGGAUACAGCUACUAUCUGGGGUGUGCGUUGUAGGCCGGGCAAGGAAAAGGAUCUUGUGAAGAAGCUUUUGAAGAAGAAGUUCAACCUUGACAAGUCUAUGGGUUCCAAAAAGUUGAAAAUUCUUUCCAUAUUUCAGAGGGACAGUUUUUCUGGCAGAAUUUACAUAGAAGCCCCUAAACAAUCUGUGAUCGAGAAAUUCUGUAAUGGUGUGCCAGACAUAUACGUUAACCAGAAGCUGUUGAUCCCAGUCCAAGAGUUACCUUUAUUACUAAAGCCAUCUAAGUCUGAUGAUGUCAGGUUAGAACCUGGAAGUUAUGUCAGAAUUAAAAGGGGUAUUUAUAAGGGUGAUUUGGCUGUAGUGGAGCAAAUCAGCGAUAACAAUUUAGAAUGCAUGUUAAAAGUUGUGCCCAGAUUGGACUAUGGUAAAAACGAUGAGGUGGAUCCUGAUACCAAGCAAAAGAAAGCCAAGCGGGCAACAUUCUCACAAAGACCUCCGCCACAGUUAUUUAACCCAACUAUGGCUCUACGAAUGGAUCAAGCGAACUUAUACAAGAGAGAUGAGAAACACUUUACUUACAGGAAUGAGGACUAUAUCGAUGGUUAUCUAAUUAAAGUUUUCAAGAUUCAGUAUCUAAAGAGCAAGAAUAUUCAUCCAGCUGUCGAAGAGUUGGCGAGAUUCGGUAGUAAAGAUGGUGCUGUCGACUUGACAACAAUCUCUCAGACAAUCAAAAAGGCACAGGCUUCAAGGGCAAUGUUCCAACCUGGAGAUCGAGUGGAAAUCUUAAGUGGAGAACAACGUGGCUCCAAAGGUAUUGUUAUAAGGACGUCCACUGAUAUCAUCAGCGUAAAGCUAAUAGGAUUUAACGCCAAACCACUAGGCUUCCUAAUCUCAUCUUUGAGAAAGAUCUUUGAACCUGGUGACCAUGUUUCUGUUAUGUCAGGUGAUCACCAAGGAGAUGCAGGUUUGGUUUUGAGUGUUAAAAAUGGUCAAGUUACCUUUGUUUCUGAUCAAACGAGAGAAAACCUCACGAUUUCUGCUAAUAAUUUGACAAAGUCUAUGGACUCUACACCUACGUCUGGUGAAUAUGCACUUCAUGAUAUUGUUGAAUUAAGUGCCAAAAAUGUCGCUUGUGUUAUUCAAGCUGGGCACGAUAUAUUUAAGGUUCUGGAUGAUUCUGGCAAGGUCUCCACAGUCACUAAAGGUUCAAUUUUGAAGAAGAUCAAUACUUCACGUUCCAGAAUUGCCUCUGUUGAUGGCAGCGGUAAAGAAAUAAAAAUCGGUGAUACUGUGGUAGAAAAACUUGGUGCUCGUAGAGAAGGGCAAGUUUUAUACGUUCAAUCUCAUCAGAUAUUCAUCGUUUCCAAAAAGAUAGUAGAAAACGCUGGUGUUUUUGUCGUUAAUCCUAUAAAUGUUGAAGCUGUUGCUUCUAAAGAUAAUUUGAUAGCAUCAAAGUUAGACCUAUCCAAAAUGAACCCAGAGAUAGCUGCAAAAAUGGGUCCACCUUCCCAGUCCGCUCAGCCAAUCCGUGUUGGACGGGAUAUGGCGCUAAAUAAAACGGUAAGAGUCUGUUCUGCAGGCUAUAAAGGUCAGUUAGGUAUUGUCAAAGAUGUCAAUGGCGAUCUUGCCACUGUUGAAUUGCACUCCAAAAACAAACAUAUUACCGUAGACAAGCACAAAUUGAUGUACUUUAACCAUGAAGGUGGUGAUGGUAUCUCAUAUGAUGAACUAGUCAGUAGGCGGGGUAGAAUGCCGCAUGCAAGAAUGGGUCCAAGUUACGUCAGUGCACCAAGAAAUAUGGCAACUGGAACUCCAGUUGGCACGGUUGCUCCAAACUUAAGUGGUAAUAUGACACCAGGAUGGAACUCUUUCGAUGGUGGAAAGACUCCCGCCUUGGGCUCUCACGGAGCAGGCGGAACUUCCGCUUGGGGUGGUGCUUCUACCUGGGGUGGCCAAGGUGGCGGCGGAACUUCUACCUGGGGCGGCCAAGCCGGUAACGCUUCAACCUGGGGUGGACAGACCGGUGCAACUUCGACAUGGGGUGGGGCCUCAGCCUGGGGUAACAAGUCAAACUGGGGCGGUGCUUCCACCUGGACUUCUGGCGGAGAACCAGGUGCUACUUCCACCUGGGGUGGCGGCGACAAGUCGGCAUAUGGAGGUGCUUCCACCUGGGGCAACCAGGGAGGCGCUUCUGCUUGGGGCGGUGGCAACAAGUCACAUCAUCGCCAGGACGGCACUGGCUACGCUUGGGGUGCUGCCAAUAACACUAACCAAGGUAACAGGUCUACCUGGGGCGAUCCAUCUGCGAAUGGAAGCGGAAGCACCUGGGGCGCCAACCGAUAA